CCGCGUCCCGUGCAUUAGCAGGCAGAUUCUCAACCACUGCGCCACCAGGGAAGCCCAGAUCCUUUUAUUUAUUAGCCAAAGAAGGGGGAUGGGCUUUGGUUUGUGAUCUUCAGUAAAGCCUAGGUCUUGCCCCAUGAAGGGAGAUGGUAAUUGGCCCAUUAUUAACAAGAGGUAAUUUUUGUUUAUGAGAUGUUAAGAAUUACUCCAUGGUUUAGAGGUGGGCAUAGUGGUCAUAUACCUCAAACUUUCGGGGAUCCCCUCUGAAAUCUUCUAUUUUCCUUUUCUAAUUAUGGGUAUCCUGUAACUGAUUUAACUCCUUUUGGGGUAGACCCUGUUUCUAUCUUUAGCCUGUUCCACCUACAUGUACUUGAGCUUACAUGAAGUUUUGUUCUGUUCUACAUUUACCUCUUUUUAACUCACGUGUUUGUAUCUUCUGUAUUUGGUGAAUAUGUCUAUAUUCAUGCUUCCCAUUCUUUUCAUGAUUGUAUAGACUCAUCACCUUCUCCCUCAAACUUCAUCUUUCAGGACCAGGAGUUUUCACUUGGGAGGGGAGGGAUAUAGAAGAGAAGGGAAGAAAUUUAUCAGAAACAUUUGGGGAAUUCUUCCAAAUACAGCAGGUCUGCUCACCCCUCCCCUGAGUAUACCAAAAUCUUGGCUGGGGAAAUUAGUAUUUUUUGAGAAUUUCCACAUUUAGUUCCAAUGGUCAACUCCCUCUACCCUUUUGAACUGAAGGAGUUCACGCUCCUUCAUCAUGGACAAAGAUGAUGGAUGGACAGGGUGCAAAGAUGAAUUUCUUGGGUCAUCACUGUGUUGAACUGAAGACACUGAUCUUUUUGUUCUUCAUGAAGCACUUCCUUCAUUUUGUGAUAGCUCAUGUUGAUAUUCAGAUGGAAUAAAGUUUCCAUUCAUUGUGGGACUGACAGUGUUUGGGGAUUGCAAUGAAACCUUGCAAUCAUAAAAUUUAAAUUGGUACUUAACUACAAAGGUCGGUGACAUCAGACCUGCACUGAUGCAGAUCCACCUAAUCCAGUAGCUUCUUCACUUGCUUUACUCCUGGUUGUCCCUGGACAGAUUCCUCAAGUGACUGAAGGCAACCAGAGAUGGAAAGGGCCAACAGCAGCUCCUUGGAGAGCUUUAUUCUGAUGGGUGUAUCUGACCAUCCCCAGCUGGAGAUAAUCUUUUUUGUAGUCAUCCUCUUCUCCUACUUGCUGACCCUUGUUGGGAACUCAACCAUGAUCCUGCUUUCCAGCCUGGAUGCCCGGCUCCACACACCCAUGUACUUCUUCCUCAGCAACUUCUCCUCCCUGGAUCUUGCUUUUACUACUAGCUCAGUCCCCCAAGUGCUGAUCAUCUUGUGGGGAUCAGACAAGACCAUCAGCUAUGGUGGCUGUGUGACCCAACUCAAUGUUUUCCUCUGGCUAGGGGCUACUGAGUGCAUCCUGCUGUUGGUGAUGGCAUUUGACUACUAUGUCAUGGUGUGCUGGCCCCUGCACUACACCACCAUCAUGAACCCCUGGCUCUGCUGGCUGCUGGCUGCCAUUGCCUGUUUGGGUGGCUUGGGCAACUCUGUGGUCCAGUCAACCUUCACUCUGCAGCUCCCUUUGUGAGGGCACCAGAGGGUGGACAGCUUCCUGUGUGAGGUGCCCGCCAUGAUCAAACUAGCCUGUGGAGACACAAGUCUCAAUGGUGUCUGCACCUUCUUCACCACUGUCCCAUUAAGCGUCAUCCUGAUCUCCUACUGCUACAUAGCUCAGGCAGUGCUGAAGAUCCACUCGGCCAAGGGACAGAGAAAGACCUUUAACACGUGCCUCUCUUAUCUGGUGGUGGUACUCCUCUUUUAUGGCUCUUUUAUGGUGGUACUCCUCUUUUAUGGCUCAGCUAUCUAUGGGUAUCUGCUUCCAGCUAAGACCAGCAACCAGGACAAAUUCAUUUCCCUCUUCUACUCUGUGGUCACACCCAUGGUGAACCCUCUCAUUUACACUCUGAGGAACAAGGAGGUGAAGGGGGCGCUGAGGAGGCUGCUGGGGAAGUCAGCUGAAGGAAGGGAAAACUAUCAUUUACCACCUCUUCAUCUCUACAAGCUUUUUCUCAUUCUCUCUGUCCAGGUGAACGUGAGGAGUACUGACCGCAGUACAAGCAUGUUCUUGACAGCACUAAGCUGUUGGUACAUGGUUAAUGUUAUUUCUUUUUUUUUUUUUUUUGAGGUUAAAGGGAUUUUUUUUUUUAACAUCUUUAUUGGGGUAUAAUUGCUUUACAAUGGUGUGUUAGUUUCUGCU